AUGUCGACGGCAGUCUCCACCGUGCCCGAUUCCACCACCUCACCGUUCGGAAACAUGAGCGUUGGAGAUCCUCCACGCUUGCUUUCAGAAUUGGAGGGAGGAAUUACAGUGCAGGAGGGAGAUCCAGUCCAUUUAGAUGUUCGUGUAGCCUCCGAUUCUGAUGUUCAAAUCACCUGGCUUAAGGAUGGGAAUCCAAUUUUGCCUGGUAUGUAUCAAGUCUAA